CACCGAUAACAAUGCGAAAGGUCUGUCUUUUCUCGCUCCGUUCCGCAAUCACUUAACAAGGAUCAGAGGUCAAAAGGGCACAUCAACCUGGCAAUGAUGGCGGUCGCCUUGCAGGAUCACGCGGUGAGAGAUUUACAGCUACACCGGUUACCGCUGCAGGAUUCAGUGAGGCGAAGACACACCAGUACACAGAGGGACAGGACCCCCCAGUGGCGGGGGGAGGCUGCGCAUCAGUCGGGGGAAAGAACCCAGAGAUGCCGACAGGCUCACAGCCUGGAAGAGGAGUAUGUCCUUGGGCCAGGCCCUCCAUCACUUACAUUAGCCCAGAAGCUUGGCUUGGUCGAUGCCCCUCCAACGCCCCUGACCACAGAUGAGUGGCACCAGGUUAAGUCGCGGUCACUCCUACAAGGGGAGUCCAGCCAGCCCUGCGCCAUCUGCCGAGAGGAGUUCCGGCUCCAGCCCCAGGUUCUGCUGUCCUGCUCUCACGUCUUUCACAGGGCCUGCCUGCGUGCCUUGGAGCGCUUCUCCAGCAGGAAGUGCUGCCCUAUGUGCAGGAGGAAGCAGUAUGAGACCAGAGUGAUUCAUGAUGCCGCUCGCCUCUACAGGGAAAAGUGUGCCGUCAGGAUCCAGGCAUGCUGGAGAGGCUAUGUCGCUCGGAAGUGGUACAGGCACGCAAGGAAGACGGUGCCACCCAAGGACAAGCUGCUGAGAAGGAAGUUCUUCGAAGAAAAGCUGCAGGAAAUUAGCGAUGGCUUCAUGCGAUGCUGUGACAACAGCGUUGAGGAAUUCCUAAGUGCCCUCGACCUCUCUGUGGAGUCCAGUAGGCUGGCAUUCCGCGAAUUUGAUAGGCAGCACCUCUCCCAGAUGAAGGAAGAGGACUGGGCCAAGAUAGAGCAAAAGGCCUCACAGCGAGAAGCUUCGGACUGCCCCAUCUGCCUUACUCAGCUACACCCUGGCAGCGUGGAGACGUCAGGGAGGCCCAGCGGAGGGUUCCAGCAGGCCCUGCUGCUGUCUUGCUCGCACGUCUUCCACGUGUGCUGCCUGCAAGCCUUCGAGGAAUUCUGCUGGGAGGGGCGGCCAGUGUGCCCCGUGUGCCGCUCACCCUAUCUGAAGAGGGCGCUGUAAUCACCUUAUUCCAUGCAGGCUGAAUUUGAAUAAGGCCUGUAUGAGUAUCAUAUACUUAACCAGGUGGUUAUGCUCCAACAAACAAGUGCAAAUGGAGAGAUGACACUAAAACCAUGAUCAACUGCAUCCUAAAACGUACACAAUUCCUGAUUAGUCAUAUGCAUGAACUAGGAAGUAAGAUAAAACCUCAGACCAUAUUAAUGGUUGCUCACGCUCUCAAAAACAAAAGUAGAUCACUCAGGAUAAAACAGUCUGCUAAAUAAACUAAAUACAUAGAUACUUUCUCAUAAAAUAUGUAUUUGUGUUUGUGUGUUAAUACGCAAUUCAAACUUUAUUAAACAAAUGGCUACCAAGCAGACUAAAGUAACAAUAUUGCAAGUCACAAUCCCAAUCAAAAAAAAUAAUUCUGACGAUUACUCAACAUUAAUCAGUACUAUUGUUUUUAGAAUACUUUUAAACACUUAGCAGUUUAAAUGUGUGCAUCAUGCAGAAAACCUUCAAUAUUUGGAGAAAUAUGUAGAGGUAGAUUCUUUAUCUCUAAAUGUUCUCUCAACUUAAAAACCUCAAAAUGAGCUUUAUAACACAAGGCUGUGAAAACCAAAUCGGCACACUGAGCAGAAACUGAUCAGACAGACCUAACUGGGAUGUGAGAGCGUGUUUCUUCUAAAUAAGAGAUAAGAACGUAGGAAAGAUAAGAAGUGGGGGGAAUUUAGUCAACGUUUGCUUUAAUGUAAAUUAAACAUUCUACUACAAAUCAGCGUUUCACCAUGUCUGUCGAGUACGUAAAGCUAUGACAGGUACAGCAACAAUGUAAUAAUAAGCCUUUGUUUGCUUCUUGGCUAUUUUGGUGAUUAUAAGUACAUUGUAUUAAUCAACAGGCACCAUAAAACAAAUUACGAUCUGGUUGCCAUGGUGCUGCAGACCUAUUUGGCAGUUUACAGAAAGGUUGCCGCUGUGAUGCAGUAGUUAUGUAUCGUUUUGUUAACCCCUCCCCCCAGUCAGUCGUCUUCCCUGGAUCAGGUCAGUGGGCCGCAUUCCUCUGCGCAGUAACAGCUUUCAAAGGUCAGUGACUCUGGCUGCAUCCACGGUCAGGGUAUUGUGGGAAUGCAGUGCGGUACUGCAAACACGCUAAGUAGAGGUUUGGACAAACCUAUAAAUCUGUUUUUUUUUUGUUAAAUUUGAGGGGCAAUCGCCCAUCAGACCAAAAACAGUUUUAACAACUCAGGCAGAGAUGACUGUGGACAAUGUGAUCUUUAUACCAUUCACAUAACUUCUGGUGCUGUUUGUUUUAUUGUACGUCUGUAAAACAAACACAGGCAAAAUGGAAGAGCUCUCUGUGAGACCACAGUCCAGAGCUCCACCUCAAAACAUGUACAUUUGCCAAAUGGCAUUUGUAUGGAUAUUGGCAAGGAGUUAGAAAAUGUCCACAUUCCAGAUGAGCUUGAGGAAGACAAAAUCAAUUUAACCCUAGAUCUGUACUCUGCUUAUUGCUGACAGAAGCAGGUAUACUUUGGAAAUCUUACCGAAAGUUCACCUCCAACUCCGAAAUAUUUUCCCUACAAUAAACACGGCUUCAUUGCAGCUGCUGUGGGAUUCCAUUAGCAUGUGUUA